UUAACAGUGAGCAAUAAGCUUGAGGUUCUUUCCUCUCAUUGUACAACACCCUUCCCUCCUCCUGGCCACCCAGAACCCUAUAAAUAAUUCGUCUUCUCCUGUCUUUCUCACUACCCAGUUUUUAAGGCAGCAGGAAGCCAGCUGAGGAGGCUACAAGAGGACCUGAAGAGAAGGGGAGAAAGGAAAGGAGAAAAGGGCAAAGAGGAGAAAGAAGAAGAAGGAGAAAGAGAAGAAGAAGGAAGAACACCAUGGCUAGUGAAUUAAAGAAGAAAGCGUUCUGGAGAGCUGUCGUGGCCGAAUUUUUGGCCAUGAGCCUCUUCAUCUUCAUCAGCAUCGGCUCAGCUCUGGGUUUCCAAUUCCCCGUGAUGGCCAACAAGACCAUCACGCCCAUUCAAGACAACGUGAAGGUCUCCUUGGCUUUUGGCAUCUCCAUCGCCACCAUGGCCCAAAGCGUGGGCCACAUUAGCGGAGCCCACUUGAACCCGGCCGUGACCUUGGGUCUCCUGCUCAGCUGCCAAAUCAGCAUUCUCCGGGCAGUCAUGUACAUCGUGGCGCAGUGCUUGGGCGCUGUGGUGGGCACUGCCAUCCUUUCUGGCAUCACAUCCAAUCUGGAAGGCAACUUGUUGGGACUCAACCAGUUGACAAAGGGGGUGAAUGCUGGUCAAGGCCUGGGCAUCGAAAUCAUUGCAACGCUGCAGCUGGUGCUUUGUGUGCUCGCCACAACGGACAAGAGGCGAACGGACGUCUCCGGAUCAGCACCACUGGCCAUCGGUCUUUCCGUAGCCUUGGGUCAUCUACUGGCGAUUGAUUACACCGGUUGCGGCAUUAACCCAGCACGCUCUUUCGGCUCUGCUCUGGUGACCACUAACUUUGUCGACCACUGGGUCUUCUGGGUUGGCCCCUUUUUGGGGGGUGUCAUCGCAGCUCUCAUCUACGACUUCAUCCUGGCACCCCGAAGCAGCGAGAUCAGAGAGCGCAUAAAAAUUUGGACCACCGGAAAUGUGGAAGAAUACGAACUGGACGCCGACGACUCGCGAGUAGAGAUGAAACCGAAAUAAAGGGAAGAGGAGACUGGGAAAACGAAGGCACCCAUUUCUGAAAACGUGCUCUCUCUCUCUCUCUCUCUUUUUUUUACACCUGCAUCUGUUUGAUCAGUAUUAUAGACUCUUUCUAAAACAACCUGCCAUUUUUCCAAAUGUUUUUUUUUGUGUAAGCCACAAUGAUUUUCCUUCUUUCUGUGUUUUUUAUUUUUUAUUUCCUCCCCAAAUUUCUAAACUGGGGGGUGGGGUGGGGAUCAUUUUGGGAGAAUUGAAGGGAGAUGUUUCUGGAGGCUGGUAUUUUUGUUCUGGAGCCAAAGGGAUAGCUGCCUUUGGGGGGGAAAAAAAAAACAGAUCGUUUUUGUAUUAUUUCAGCCCAGGAAGAGUUUGCCUGCAGCAGGGAAUAAAUAUGGAAAUAUAUCAUCCAGAGAGAAAGAAAAAAGAUCUUAGUCUAAGACCCAGAAAUUCGAUGGAAGAAAAUAAAUUUGGUAGAGUUGUAUUUAAG